AUGGAUUGGCUAGCAAAGUUACUAUAUGGAAGUAAGGAUAACCCACGUCGUUCUAGCAUUGAAUUUUCAUUAUUAUAUGAAUAUAUAUUCGUAAAUAACAGAGUUUUCAUUGACAGUAGCAAUCCAGAACAAGUUAAUGAUGUUACAUAUAUUAAGCACCAUGAACAACUUCCUUGUUUCUGCAGUUUAGUGUUUGUUUCAUUCUGGAUAGCUCUAUUCUGUGGUCUAGUUUUACCAAAUUUCCAUUAUGUGCCUAAGGGUUUAACUAUAAUGAAUCACCAAGGAAAUGACACUGAUUUUGUUGCAGAACGUGCUAUGAAUAUACUUAAGGAAUUGGAAAUAAUAGGACCAAAGGUUGUGGGUAGUUAUGCGAAUGAAAAUUUGACUGUACAACUACUCCUCAAUAAACUCAUAAAUAUAAAAGAAAGUCUACAUAAGGAUCUUUUUAAUAUGGAGAUCGAUCAGCAAAUUGUAUCAGGGGCUUAUAUACACUGGCAAAUGGUAAACAUGUACCAAGGAGUACAAAAUGUGGUAGUUAAGUUUUCCUCAAAAAAUUCCACUAGUGAAUCAGCUUUAUUAAUUAACAGUCACUUCGAUUCCAAACCAGGAAGUCCAGGAUCUGGUGAUGAUGGAGUCAUGGUUGUUACUAUGCUAGAGGCGCUAAGAGUACUGUCUACAACUCGCGAGACUUUAAGACAUACAAUAAUAUUUCUUUUCAACGGAGCAGAGGAAAAUCCCUUACAAGCUUCACAUGGUUUUAUAACACAACAUAAAUGGGCCAAAUAUUGCAAAGCAGUUAUAAAUUUAGACUGUGCUGGAAGUGGGAAUCGUGAAAUAUUAUUUCAAACAGGUCCAAAUCACCCAUGGCUUAUAAAGUACUAUAGUCAGCAUGUGAAGCGCCCAUUUGCGACUACUAUGGCUGAGGAAAUAUUCCAAGCAAAUCUUUUGCCCUCAGAUACAGAUUUUCGCAUUUUUAGGGAUUUUGGAAAAAUUCCAGGCUUGGAUUUGGCGCAUACAUAUAACGGAUAUGUAUACCAUACAGCUUUUGACAGAACAAAUGUUAUAUCGUUGGGAAGCAUUCAAAAUACGGGCAAUAACCUAAUAUCAUUAAUACGGGCUUUAGGCAAUGCUUAUGAGUUGGAUAAUCCAUCGUUAUACGCUAAAGGGCACACCAUAUUUUAUGACUUCCUUGGCUUUUUUCUAAUUAAUUAUUCAGCAACUGACGGGCUGAAAAUUAAUUUUUGUACAUCAGUCUUGACCAUCAUUCUAGUAGGAAUUUCUAUUUGGCGCAUGGCAGCUGUAGUUUCGAUUUCUAUGAGUAGUGCUGUUUCUUAUUUUACAUUUGUUGUAUUUCUCCAAAUAACUGCAUUUAUCUCUGCAAAUAUAUUAACAAUAUUGACCGCAGCAACAUUAGACCUCAUAAAUCAUUCUAUGUCUUGGUUUAGCAAUAAAUGGUUGGUUAUUGGGUUAUAUAUAUGUCCGACAUUAUUCGGAUUAAUAUUACCAACAUUACUUCAUAUUCACUACAAGUAUAGCGUAAGUACUUUCAAAAAUAAUAUAAUUGAUACAAUCACGGUAAAUAAGAAUAAUUUUUAUAACUUCCAUGAUGUAUAUGUUCUAAUUAUUAUAGCUUAUUUUUGGGCUAUAACUGUUCUCAUUGGUCAGAUAAUGCCUUUUUUGUACUUUAGUUAUGUCACAGUUAUAUUCUUAUUCACACUUAUACCCAUGAUGGGACGCUAUGGCACUGCUUUAAAUCCAGAUAUUGUUAUAGGUAGUCUUUGCUGUUUUGGAACAUUAUUAGCAGGAGGGUUUCUGAUACAUUUAUUUCAUUUUUUUCGACGAACUAAAUUGCUUGUUACUUUUAUACUCAUUGUCUACUUUGUAUUUCUGAUAAUUGCUACAACACCAGUUGGGUUUCCAUAUAGAUCUAAGACUAACGUUGACAGAGUCAAUUUCUUGCACGUUUAUCGAAUUUUUUAUGAUUAUGCUGGAAAUAUCAGUCUUAAUGAUAGCGGUUAUUAUUUCGAUUUCCAGGAUAGAAAUGCAGAGCGGCCCAUGAAGUCUUUUAUUGAUUUAAAUUCUAUGAAAAGCAUUGAUGAAGACUGUAAACGAUACAUGAUGUGUGGACUUCCUUUAUUUAAUCAUCGGAUGUAUGCUGCACGAAAAUAUGGAAAGUGGUUCCCCACUUAUAACUCAACACAAAUUUUACCUCUGCCUUCAUUGCGCUUAAUUGAAAAAUAUAAUAUAACAGAUCUAACUUUACGGUAUGAAUUUGAGCUAGAAGGACCUUCUCAUAUGAGUAUUUUUAUUCAACCCUUUGAUUAUGCUUCUAUAUCCAACUGGUCAUUUUUAAAGGAAAAACUUUUACGAUGGCAACCACCAUAUCACAUAUAUUUUUCAUAUGGUAUUGAUAGAUCACCUUUGAAAUUUUAUUUAAAUCUUACGGUUAGCGUCAUUUUACUUACUGAUAACAUAUUAAAUCUGUUUCACGACCUACUCGUAGUAAAACUCGAAUAA